CCACUGUGCACUUGUAGUCAGCAGCACACAAGUGUCGCAAGCAAACAGGCGACAGAGGACCACGCGCUCCGCCUGAUAAAAACGCCAUUCAAAGGACGAAGUCGAAGUUGCUGAUCCAUUCGGGAGAAUUUCCCUCAUCAUGAGGGCAGCUGAUUCAGGACAUUGAACACGGUUGCUAAUUGUGCAAAAUACUGUUUUGGAGCUUUUGGCGGCAGAGAGACUUUUACGCACGGCGUCGUUUGCUAUGGCAUCCCUUUUGGAAAGACGCGCACCAGUUUUGCUCUUAAUUUGGAGUUUCUGCGUCGUGGCCGACACGAGUUUUACAAACUUUUCCGUGGACAACGAAUUCCACUCCAGCUUCAUUCACCGCCGGCUGAGAAGCCAGGAGCGCCGGGAGAUACAGCGGGAGAUCCUCUCCAUCCUGGGGCUGCCGCACCGGCCGCGACCGCACCUCCACGGCAAGCACAACUCUGCCCCCAUGUUCAUGUUGGACCUGUACAACGCCAUGUCCACGGAGGUGGACGACGACAGGUACUCCUAUCCAUACAAGCCCAUCUUCACCACGCAGGCACCUCCCAUCGCCGGCCUGCAAGACAACAACUUCCUGAAUGAUGCAGACAUGGUCAUGAGCUUUGUCAAUAUAGUGGAGCAUGACAAGGAAUUCCUACCAGUGCGACGGCAUCAUCGAGAAUUUCGAUUUGACCUGUCCCAGAUUCCUGAGGGUGAAGCGGUCACUGCUGCUGAGUUUCGUAUUUAUAAAGACUUCAUCCAUGAACGCUUUGAUAACGAAACCUUUCGCAUCAGCAUCUACCAAGUGCUGGAGGAACAUUCCGACAGAGAGUCUGACCUUUUUCUCCUGGACUCACGAGUGAUCUGGUCUGCAGAGGAGGGCUGGCUGGUUUUUGACGUGACGGCCACCAGCAACCACUGGGUCCUCAACCCAAGAAGAAAUCUGGGUCUGCAGUUGGCUCUAGACGGCACAAACGGAGACAGUAUAAACCCUCGCGCAGCAGGGCUGAUCGGUCGCAGUGGGCCGCAGAACAAACAGCCGUUCAUGGUGGCCUUCUUCAAAGCUACCGAGGUGCACCUGCGAAGCAUUCGUUCAGCACAUGGAGGCACCAAGCAGCGGAACCCGAAUCGCUCCAAAGGGGCCAAGAGCCAAGAGGCCCUGCGAGUGGCCAACAUUGCAGAGAAUAGCAGCACUGAUCAGAAGCAGGCGUGCAAGAAGCAUGAGCUGUAUGUCAGCUUCCGAGAUCUUGGGUGGCAGGACUGGAUCAUCGCUCCUGAAGGAUACGCAGCGUACUACUGCGAGGGCGAGUGCGCCUUCCCACUCAAUUCGUACAUGAACGCCACAAACCACGCCAUUGUGCAAACGCUUGUUCACUUCAUCAACCCGGACACAGUUCCGAAGCCUUGCUGUGCUCCCACGCAGCUCCACGCCAUCUCAGUGCUGUACUUUGACGACAGCUCCAAUGUCAUCCUCAAAAAGUACCGCAACAUGGUGGUCAGAGCUUGUGGCUGCCACUAGACGCUGAUCACCUUGUCACAUACUAGCACACACACACACACACACACACACACACACACACACACACACACACACACACACACACAAACAAACUCGUGUAGUCGGACACAAUCCUGACUAGUUUUGGCGCAAGCACAUGCGGUCCAAGACAAUUUCCUGUGUGCAAAAAGCUCUUGUUUCGCCUACAGGGUUGUCUCCAAGUAAACACUGUGUUGUGUGGCUGAAAUGGAAUUUUAAAUUACACACACACACACACACACACACACACACACACACACACACACACACACACACACACACAUUUGUGCUCUCUACUGUGCAUACAAGACAUUUUAAGCCAUGUAUUCAUUCACCAUCAACAAUCUUGUUUAUUUUCAGUUGUGUUAGUAGCUUCUUUUGCUGUAGAUGUUUAUUUCUUACGAGGGAACCUGGAUGCAACUUUGGACUUAAAGAACUGUAUAAACGAAUUGUAAAUAAUGUUGUCAUACCAAGCAAAUAGUGUAUUUAUUUCCUGGGAUGUCAAUCAGGUUUGUUUGUUUGUGACGCUGACAGCUUUGUUUCCCACACAAAGAACUAAACCUAAAAUGGCCCCGGGAUUGACUGACCGCCAGUCCAGGGUGGAUCCUGCCUCUCGUCUGAAGUCAGCUGGGCUAAGCUCCAGCUCACCCACCGCACUAAUGAGGACAGCAGUAUAGAAAAUGGCUGGAUACAUAAGCAUAAAAUGACUCCGACAGGACUAUGCGCACACUUGUCAUGGAAACAGUGACUCUAUUUAAUCAGUGGAAGCUGCUACACAAACUUGAAAGCUGUUUUCACAAAGUGUCUGAGGGAGGAGUGGGGAAUGGCGCCGAGUGGGCUUUGUGUGAGCAGCCUUUUGUGCUCCUGACAUGUUCAGGUUCUCUGCUGUAAUAAAAGCUGUCUUAUUCAA